AUGCAACAACCUCAGCAAAUGCAACACCCUCCAAAUACUGCCCCUCCGGGGAGUACAGCCUCGCCGAUGGGGCAGAUGAAUGGCCAGGAGCCCUCACGGCCACAGCAAUCUCAACAAGUAUUUCCAUCCGGCCAGAGUGGUUACGUCAGCACUUCCAUGCCACCCGGACCUCACCCACCCCCCACAGUUCAUCACCAAUCUCCAAUGUCGACUCAGAUGCAAGGUGGCGCACCUCCUAACGUCAUCGUGGGUCGUCCACAACCCCUUCCAGGUCAGGGCUAUGAGGGAGGACCACCACCGCCCCCACACCCCUCACCGAUGUAUCCACCCCACCCUGGUGCAAAUUACAGUGGUGGAGCCGGAGGUACCACCUUCCCGCCCCCUAAUACUUCGGUUGGUGGCCCCGUUCAGCCUUCCGCUUUCAUUAAAAGUCAACUUGGACAACUUCGAGCCCAGAUAAGUGCUUAUAAGCUCUUAUCUAAGUCGCAAUCGGUGCCUGAAAAUAUCCUAUUCUUGGCCGAGGGCCGUGUUCCUCCUGCUUCUACCCCUGCCCCUGGUUUUCACAGCCACCAACCGAGGGCACCUGUGCCGGCUUCGAAUGCUGCACCACCUUCACAGCCCGGUCAGGAAGUCCCCUCACAGCAAGUAUAUGUGCAGCAACAACAAGGUCGCCCCUCAGCUAAUUUUGCCCCACACCAACUUCCCGUUAGGUGGAAUUAUCCGGGAUACUCCGGACCCGCGCCAAACGCCGCUUUCAUGGCUGCCGCGCAGGCGCCACUCAUCGGACGCAGUCGGAUUGGCUCCAUUCAACGCCCCCAGGGUCUCGAUCCAGUGGAGCUCCUAAAAGAACGCGAGCAGCGCAUCCAAUCGCGCAUUGGGCAGAGAAUACGCGAACUGUCCGCGCUUAGUGUCUUCUCUACUCCGGAACAACGGCUCAGCCUGGAACUAGAGCUUCGCUCUCUGCGUCUGCUCAAUUUCCAGAGACAGCUGAGGCAGGAUAUCGUGUCUGCAAUGCGACGCGACACUAGUCUCGAGACUGCCCUUAACAUCAAAGCCUACAGGCGUCCGAAGAAACAAAGCCUUCGUGAGGCCCGGUAUACGGAAAAACUCGAGCGACAAAUGAAACACGAACAGGAGAAGCGCAGACGUCAGAAACACCAGGAGUUCCUCAAUGCCGUGUUGAGCCAUGGUCGUGAGUUUCGCGAGUACCAUCGGAACGCCAGUGUGCGUAUGUCAAAGAUCAACAAAGCAAUUCUCACGGCCGAACGCGACCGACGUCGCACUCAGCAGCGCAUUGACCGCGAGCGUAUGCGUCGCCUGAUGGAGGAGGAUGAUGCCGGCUACAGGACUUUAAUCGACAAGAAGAAAAACAAACGUCUGCACUACCUGCUAACUCAGACGGACCAAUUUAUUGACAACCUCGCGAAGUUAGUGAAGGACCACAAAAAGGAGCAGAAUAAGCUUCGCAUGAAGGACAUUCGAGAACGCUGCAAGGCCGCGCAGGAACGGUGCUUGUUGAACGCAGUGAACAAGUACCACGCUCUCGCGAAGAGCCUAAUCCUUGAGGGGGUCGCCCCGCCCACUUGGUUGAACACCCUGCCGCCGCCAGGCGUGCACCCCGAGGAGCUGGUGCAGGCCAGUCGUGAGUUGGCGUCCGGCAAGGCCCCAAUGCUCACCACGAUCCCCUGGCCGGACAUCCGUCUGCCCGUGGCGAAUCCCAGCACCAAGGAGAUCCUCGAAGGCGAGUCUGCGCCCUACGCCAACGAGGCUCACAACUGGCUGCAGGAACACCCCGGUUGGGAGAUUGCUCCGACAGCCGAGAACGGCGCGGUGUUGGUAGACCUCGUUGAGGAGGACGAGGAGGCGUCGGCUCGCAAGAAGAACGGCGGAGCUGACGACGACGACGACGCAGUCAUGGACUCCGUUCGUGGCAACGAGGACGACGAGUACAAGUCGGGCGGGAGUCAGUCCUACUACACCCUGGCCCACGCCAUCCGUGAACAGGUCAAGGAACAGGCCUCCAUCCUGGUGAAUGGCAAGCUGAAGGAGUACCAGAUGCGUGGACUCGAGUGGCUUGUCUCCCUGUACAACAAUAACCUCAACGGAAUCCUCGCCGACGAAAUGGGCUUGGGCAAGACCAUCCAGACCAUCGGCCUCAUCACUUACCUGAUGGAGAAGAAGCGCGUUAACGGCCCUUACCUCAUUAUCGUUCCUCUCUCUGUCAUGGCGAAUUGGGCGAUGGAAUUUGAGAAGUGGGCUCCGAGCGUGAAGAAGAUUCUCUACAAGGGCUCCCCCCAGUGUCGUCGCGCCCUCCAGAAUCAAAUAAAAGCGGCCAAAUUUAACGUGCUUCUCACCACCUACGAGUACAUCAUCAAGGACAAAUCUGCCCUCUCCAAGGUCAACUGGAGGUAUAUGAUAAUCGACGAGGGUCAUCGAAUGAAGAACCACCACUGCAAGCUGACGCAAAUCCUCAACCACCACUACAACGCUCCCUACCGCCUCCUGCUCACUGGCACUCCUCUGCAGAACAAACUUCCCGAGCUCUGGGCCCUUCUCAACUUCCUGCUCCCCAAAAUCUUCGACAGCUGCAACACCUUUGAACAGUGGUUCAACGCCCCGUUUGCGGCAACUGGGGAAAAGGUUGAACUGAACCACGAGGAGACGCUGCUCAUCAUCCGACGCCUCCACAAGGUGCUGCGACCCUUCCUUCUGCGUCGUCUCAAGAAGGAAGUGGAGUCGCAGCUGCCGGAGAAGGUGGAGUACGUCAUCCGCUGCGAGAUGUCCGCCCUUCAGCGCGUCCUCUACUCGUACAUGCAGUCGAAGGGCGUCAUCCUCACUGACGGCUCGGAGAGGGACAAAAAGGGCAAAGGUGGCACUCGCACGCUGAUGAACACGAUCAUGCAGCUGCGCAAGAUCUGCAAUCACCCCUUCAUGUUCAGCCACAUCGAGGCGGCGAUCGCGGAGUUCCAGAACCCCCCGCUUCCGGGCCAGCCACUACCGACGCAGGUCGAGGGCAGGCUGCUCUUCCGGUCCUCGGGCAAGUUUGAACUCCUCGACAGGAUCCUGCCGAAGUUGCGCGCCACCGGUCACCGGGUUCUCAUAUUCUGCCAGAUGACAAGCCUCAUGACCAUCAUGCAGGAUUACUUCGACUACCGCGGCUUCCGCUACCUUCGACUGGACGGUGCGACGCGUGCCGACGACCGUGGCGAAAUGCUGAAGGAGUUCAACGACGAGUCGCAGGAGUACUUCAUCUUCCUCCUCUCGACGCGUGCCGGCGGCCUCGGGCUGAACCUCCAGACGGCCGACACUGUCAUCAUCUUCGACUCCGACUGGAAUCCUCACCAGGACCUCCAGGCACAGGAUCGCGCUCAUCGUAUCGGCCAGCAAAACGAGGUGCGAGUGCUACGACUGAUUACCAUUAACUCAGUUGAGGAGAAAAUCUUAGCCGCUGCUCGCUACAAACUCAAUGUAGACGAGAAGGUCAUCCAGGCGGGCAUGUUUGACAACAAGUCGACGGGUUUGGAGCGUCGCCAAUUCCUGCAGAACCUGCUUGAAGCCGACGACGAGGCAGACGAGGACGAGAACGAGGCUCCAGACGACGAGACAGUCAACCAGAUGCUGGCGCGCACUGAGAAGGAGUUCGACAUUUACCAGCGUAUGGACGCUGAGCGACAGGUCGCCGAACGCCAGCAGGCCAAACCGGAGCCGCGUCUGAUGGAGUACAAGGAACUACCCGACUGGAUUGUUCGCGAUGAAGAAGAGGUGGAGCGGAGCCUAAACAUGGACGAGACCAGCCUGCUGUCGAUGCGUCGUCAGCGGAAGGAGGUGGACUACUCCGAUGCUCUGACAGAUCGUCAAUUCCUCAAGGCCAUCGAUGAGGGCAGUCUGGAGGAGGCUGAGGAGAAGUCACGUCAGAGGAAAGCCAAACGCAAGAGGAAACGAAACGAGCCGGACUACAGUGGCAUGGACGACGCGAGUUCCGAGGCGGGCAGCAGCGUGAAAGCGGCGCCAGCGGUGAAGCGACGUCGUGGACGUCCACCCCAGUCGUCCUCGGGUCCUCGUCGUCCUCUUUCGCCCAAGCUGGAGGAGCGCAUGAAGCGACUUCUUCAAAUUGUCAUCGAUUACAAAGACAAAGACCAGCGUGUUCUGAGCGAGCCAUUUAUGAAGCUGCCGACGCGCAAGGAGUUGCCCGAUUACUACGAGGUGAUCAAGCGGCCGGUGGACUUCCACCGGAUCAAGGCGCGCGUUCGUGACGGCAAGUAUCGCUCCCUCGACGACCUCGAGGCCGACAUUCUCCUCCUCUGUAAGAACGCGCAGACCUACAACAUGGACGGUAGUCUGAUAUUCGAGGACUCGGUGGUGCUGCAGACGGUGUGGACGAACGCGCGCGAACAACUCGAGGCCCUGGAGGGCACGGCGGAGGAGGACGACGACGCAGCAGGCGCUGGAAGCUCUCGAAGGUCCACAAUACGUCACCCACCUCAUCCGCCUCCCCAGCCACCCACCGCAGAUGACACGAUGGAUGAGACUAUUGGCGGCGGCGGCGACUCAAUCGGCGCCAAUCGUGACGAGGACACACUUGACGACGAAGACGAUAGUAACAGCCGCGGGUCCUUUAGCACAAAGUCGCGCAAGAGCAGCUCCUCGCGGAAGCCCUCUUUCGCGCAUUCCACAGCUCCAAAACCGCUCCCCUCGGAGUCGUCCUACGCCGCAGCUGUGCCAGCCGCCACCGCCGGUGGUGGCGGCGGUGCUGACGAUAGUCCCGCCAACCAGAUGGCGUCGACGUCCCUCCUGCCUCCACGGAAGGCGCGCAGCAGCAGCAAACCCAUCGUUUUCGACAACUCCGACGAUGAGGAUGAUGCCGACGAUGAUGUGAUCGACGACGACGACGACGACGAUGACGAGGAUUUCUGA